AAAAAAAAUCGCUUAACGUCGUGUAUUUGAGUUUUCUCAGGGCAGUCCACAAAUACAUUGUUCAGCGGCUGACAAAAUCACACUCCUUAUUUGAGACCUUGAAUCAAUCAUUAUCUAUCGAUAUUAUUCCUUACAGUGGUCACUUACUAUCUUCUUCAAUGAUACAAAAGGCUAUAGUCACUAUGCCGAACAAUUCUGACUUUGCAACCGCCUUGAAAAAGAAGAAAGUCUUGAAGAAAUUGGUCCCGUACUCAAUUCUCAAAAUAAGCCCUUCCUUGAAUCAAAAAAAUGAAUUGAUCAUAAACAUGACAAGCUUGAAAAAAUCAUUUUACAGAUUGACAGACUUCAUCACAGUAACUUGUAACGGAUCUAUCAAAACCCUGGACGAAAAAUCCAAGUUCGCCCUUUACAUUGCCCCAUCAGGGAUACGAUGUUUGAUUGCAGAAAGCUCGUAUUCUGAUUCAAUCACAGAUGAGCCACCUGAAAACUACGAGAAACUUUUCAACAUCUUGAAGACAUUCAAUGAUAUUGAUUUAUCCCAUAACUCUUCACCAAUCAACGAUAAAAGACUGUGGAUUAAAAUACAUCCAAUUGGAUUUUCUUCCAAUAACACGGCCCCUGUGAUUGCCAAUUAUCUAGCAAACACAUCAUCGACAAGCAAGAAGUUCAUUUAUUGGCCUUUAGAACUCUGCUUUAUUCAGUUUUCAUCUGAUUCUGUCCCUGGGGCAUCAGCAAACGAUGAUUUUGAACUUGACACGUUCACAAUUAAAGAUCCUUUUCAGGUAAUUGAUGAAUUUGUUGACAUUCUGGAGGAUAUAGAAAAAACAAAAGUCACUGAAGAGCACAAGGGGUCUGAACAGGAGGUUGAUAACGGAAAUGGUGAUCAACAAGAUGGAGAGACCUCUACUUUGAUGUCAGCUUCCAAACAAAUCGAUCCCAACUUUGAAAGACCAGACAAUAGAUCAGAAUUGUUUCCUGUAAGCUUUGAUUUCAAGCCAGAGUUAGAUAGUUUGGACCAGCAACUAAAACCAUUGAAGAGUAUGAACGAUAGUGGUAUCGAUAACAUAAACGACUUGAUGAGGGUGAAUGACGGUUUUGACGAUCUAUUCAAGGGAAAAGGUGAUGAUGAUAUGGGUUUGAUGGAUCCUUCCCAACAAAGGGACGAACACGACUUUCAGAAAGAACUGAGGAAUGUGUUUCGAAAUGACGAAACAAUUACCGGCGUUAUUAGCGUUAAUAAAGGAGAUCAAGACUCCAUUUCUCCAGAGAAAAAGGUCAAUCCAACUUUUGAAGAAGACUGGGGCGAUCUUUUCGGCGACUCUGCUGAAGAUGAUGAGAACGAUGACAAUGACAGCGAACAGAAGAAUAUUGAUAGGGAGGUAGAUCAAGAACUAGCUGAGCUAGAAAAUUUAGAAGAUCUUAAUUACAAUGGAGAUAUUAUUACCUUCCCAACAAAAAACGAGACAGAACACAUAGAUCUCCUUGACGAUCUGGCUGAGCGGAAUAAUACAAAACCCCAAGUUGAUGAAACUUCUCCUCACAAUUUUGAAGACAUGAGGGAAGACGAUCAAGAGGGCGUAUCUUCAAUGAAGAACGAGCAACCGACAUUUUUUCCCAUAAGAAAAGCCUCGACAAUGUCACCACAUGACCCAGCAGGCCAACUACUUGCCCCUCCUAGAAUACUGGAUACAUCUCCUCUAUAUCAAGAUCCCGGUGCUCCCUCCCCUAUCCCAUUUCAAAUUUUUGCCCCUCCUGUCUAUUCCAGCGAAGAUUCUUCUCCAUUACCAACUGAGGAAAAAACUGUAUUGAAACCUUUCUCUUCUUUGACUCCCAAAGAAAAAAAGAAGUCUGUUUUUUCCCCCCUUAAUUUCAAUCCAUUGAUUGAAAAGGAUAUUGAUAGCAAGUAUAGCAAUGGCGGUAAGUUUUUUGUCAAAAAGAGUAGCAGUGUGAGCGGGUUUCCCGCUUCUGAUCCGUUAGACCCAAAAUAUAUAGAUUCAUUUUCUGAUGGCUCUAAGAAUUUGAUGCAUCCUACAGCAAAAUCCACCACUCCAGUUCUUGAGGGUACAUUCAACCAUAUUUCGAGUUUGACUACUCCGUCUUUUCUAGUGCGUGGGCCUGGGAAAAAUACAGAUGGUAUGGUGCUGGCAGCUGACGAUCUUAUCUCAGACAGUGAUGAUGAAAUGUCAGAGGUAGCUGAUGAUAGUAAAGAUGAAAUAAUGCUGUAUGAUAUUGGUGGUCUUUCGCAAGUGGAUGGAGAAGUUGUUAAUACAGGAAUUAUGGAUAAUGAAAACGAGAAACCUGAUGACAUGGAUGAUGAGAAUGAACAAGAUGAGAAAAAUUCCUCUGAUCUCUCGGCAGAUGUAGGAUUUGUCGGGCAAAAGGGAGCUAUUGGAUUUGGUAUUGCUACUCCUGGCGCAGAUGGAAAUUCAUCCAAAAGAAGAAAACUUGAGACAAUUUUUGAUAACAUUAACGACGAUGAUGACUUCGAUUUCGAUUUUGAUGACGACUACAAUGAUGACAAGGACUAUACUGGAGAUGACGACGAUAUUGACGCUUUACAUAUGGAUGAAACUAAGCGCCCUACUAGCUCUGAUCCAGAAGUGUCAAAUGAUGCAAGGCUGGAUACUGAAGCAAGCAGGGAAAGGGGUAUCAAUGAUGUUAGCGGCAUAGAAAUUCCUAAUUCUUGGUUUUAUGUUUUACGUCCCAUUGCGCCGAUUCAAAUACCUUUCAACUUUCUACAGUCUGUCAAGCUUACAGUUGAAGCAUCAAAAAUAUUAUUGCUACUUCCAAUUUUGCAAGAAUACGUUUUGUUUUCCCAGAAGUAUAUGAAUAACCAAAUGCUUAACAUGGUAGUGCAAAGUAGAGAAUGUCCCUCCGUCCUCGAUAGUGAUGUGGAGUACCUUCUUUACAAAAUUUUUCCUGGAAUCUGUAAAGUGAAUUGUUAUGAGCUGAUAGAUUCAGACAAAGAGUCGAAACAAAUAAAACCUUUUGAGUGUCUUUUUGGGCAGAAUUUAAAUCGAGAAAGAAAAUCUAUUACAUCUCGAAAUAAACCUGAUACAGAACUCAAAAUUUUUGAUGAAAAUAAUUACGAGUCAUCACCAAUGCUCAAUGUUCCUUUCCCAGAUAGUCAACAAAACCAUAAUGUACCUCAAUACAUGGAGGACUUUAACGAAGAAUUUCAAAAAAUUGACUUGACUGAAACCAUUUCAACGGAUAAUCUGUUUAGAAUCAAUCCCACCGUGCUAAGCUUCAAAAGGUUGAGCCAGGAUGUAAUAAUCAACAAAAUAGGUAUCAACUUCUGGAAAAUGCUAAACUUAGAGCCUCCUCUUAGUACCAAGGACUUUGGUAUUUUAUUUGUUAUUCCUAAAGCUAAUAUCGAUUUCAGAAACCGGGCAGAGCAUUUUUUAGAGGGAAUUAUUAGCUAUUACAAAGGAUGUAAGUUGGGAGAAAUACGAAAGUUGAUCGUUUCUGGCCUUAUUGAAGUUCCAUAUGAUACGGGAAAUGAAGCGCAUUAUUGGGAUUAUGUUCAAACGCAGUUACUUUCAAUAGUUGAGGAAUUACAAAAUCAGUUGACUUUGGACGAAAGGGGAAAGGUAUUAUUAAUGUUUGUCGAUCCCUUUCAAGAUUUGAACUCUUUAAUCAGGAUGGCAGAUGUGACACAAACAUUUGAAAAUUCUCUUGUCGAAAAGCACGUCAGUGAUGGGGAGACAUCUAAGAAAAAAAAGAAAAGAAAGAAUAAAGCAAUCGCAAGAUUGCCUAUUACGCUUUUUUAUAAAGCAUUUUCGGUGGCAUCAUUUUACCAGAGGGAUGAUGGACAAUUCGUUAUUUUUACAGAAAAGGACUAUUUUAAUCUCGUGUUAGAGCUUUACAACAACUGCCCUAACGAUGGAUCACAAAUGAUUCUUAAAGAUCGAAGCAGUAUGUUUGUUAUUGAAAAAGAUAUUCAGAAGACUGUCAAGUUCAUGCUAACAAGAAAGCCAGUAUCAAAGUUGAUUGAAAAUGAAACAUUUUUGCAUUUAUGUUACGAAAGAUCUGUUGAUAAAAAAUGGUGCGUUGCGAGCUGGAUCAGUCAGUGUGGUAAGUUGAAUUAUACAAAAUCUUGGUACAUUGAUGACAUGGUAGAGGGAAGUCAAAACUUUGAAAAGGUAGCAGAUGAUAUUAUGGAAAUUACCAUGGACUAUGUCUCUCACAUCUCUGGGAAAUGUUUUGUCAUCUUGACUAGGUUAAACAAUAUUAUACCAGAUGAUGAAUUAGCCGAGUGGAAAAGGUUAUCAAUGAAAAAUAAUGACCUGAUUCUUGUUGUUAUGACAGCAGAAAUAGAAUCAUCAACGCUAAUUUUGUCAAAUAACCCAGGGCAUGUUUUGAGCCCUAAAAAGAAAGAAGAAACGUCGAAAGAUCUGAACUACACAGUUGCUUCAACAAACUCGCAAUCGCAAACGCCAGGAAAUAUGCUACUGAAUUCGAACAACUAUGCUCAUCAACUAGCUGGGAGUACGAGAUUUGAGAGUCCAGAUGUUUCAAUGUAUACUCCUUCAUAUGAUGCAGCGUUGUCGCCAAUGGAUAUAAGCACACAUCAAGUUCAGGUGCCCAUACAAACAUUACAACCUCUCCUCGAAGACAAUCCAGUUCAGGACGCCUUAUCACAAAAUCCUAUUCUGAUUGACAUCUCAGAUGAAUGCUACGGUUUGAUUUUGCAAGUAUCUCAGCCUCUUGCAAACCAACCUCGUGUACCUUUAAAAACAGGUUUUUUAAUUAAUACCGGUGAGGGGGCGACUAAGAAUAGAGUUUUAGAAAUAAACCUACUAAGUUGUCAAUCUGGAAUAAGUAUAACUAAAUUUUUGAAAACCUUGUUGGUCCAAUAUCGGAACUUGAGCUCAAUGGCGCCAUAUUUUGGUGUAAGCGGGAUUUUAAGGCAUUGUGGUAAUGUCGAUUGCGAUGAGAGUGGCGAGGAGGAGGAUGACGAGGAUGCAGGAACUGGUUGGGAAGAUGAGAACUUAAAUUCGUCAUCUGCUUUGGGUAUAAGUGGCAGCGGGCAAAACUUUGGUAACGAUAGGGUAGAAAGAAAAAAAGAAAGGCAUUACAUCCAGCAGCAAUAUCUCCAGUUUCAUAGAAUGCAACAAAGACAAAAAAGACAACGUGCUAAAGAACGUGAGAGAGAACUAUCAGAAAGCGAUUCUCACUACAAUGUCAUUCCUGUACAUAUGUUGGCAGUGAGGAAAAUGCUUGACUUUCUUGUCAAUAUUCAAGUAGAAUGACUCUGGUUUUGAGUGUUAUACCUAUAUACCUUCUUUUCUAAGUAAAUACGUAAAUAUCAUCAGUUUGAAUAUAUCCUUCUUGCUAAUUCUCCUAGGAAUAUAUUCGUACUACCAACAGUGAAAGA